UCCCUAGCCGGUUUCUACACCAGUUGUGACUGUCACAGCACUAAGCUUCUGCUUCCAGCUCAGUCCUUGCUGAUCACACUGCCCAGAAUCCAGCAUCAUGUCCACCUCCCUGAGAGUCAGCCCCUCCGUGCAUGGCUACCGCUUCGACACCGCCAACCGCAAAAGGGCCACUGGCAACAUCUUCGAAGGAGUGGACCAGGACUCCCUACAGAGGCUCUUUAAAAAGACCGGUGACAAGAAGGCGGAGGACAGGGCAAGGAUCAUCUUCUGCAUUGACCAGGACAAUGAGGAGAAAGCCAGGGCACUGCUGGCCCUCAAGCAGAGGACCAGGGACAAGAUCCUGCAGUUCCUGAAGCUCAGGAGGCUCCCCAUCAAGGUCAUCUGAGGCCAUUGACCGCAGAGCUUGCAAUCUAAGCACAGAACUGGAGAAUAACCAGUUGACCAAGCUUGUCGCUGAGUUCUAAGCCUGAUCCAUUGCGGUAUUGAUGGGACCCGGUCCGCAGAGCUUGCGAUCUAAACCUCAAGAGACAGUCCUGAUGAAUCUGAGCUUUUAAAGAGACUGUUUCAAAGGACUGACAGUUCCCUCCAGGAGAGGUGUCCCCACCACAUGGGUGACUGAAGGAGAAGAGGUGACUUGGCUGCCUGAGACCUAUGAGAUGGCUGGUGGCACAUGCCUGCUGUGCCCUGUGAAUGCUCUUGUCAUGGACAGUAUGCAGCAUUGGGGACACCAGCACCCCCACGUGGGCAGAGAGAGCAGAUAGAGGACUGAGAUGAUGAUAACAUGACUUUUCUUGGUGCUAUAAAUCCGAAUACAAGCUAUUUAAUGUUUGUGUUUGCUAGAUUUUAUUUUAAUAAAUAAUUUUUUACUUAUUCAAA